AUGAUGGACUUAUUUGCAGAUGAUGAGGUGGAAGACUACGAAUUAAAAAAUAAUAACGAUCCAAAUCAAUUCUUAAAAUAUGAAUCUGAUCCCAUCCCUUUGGAUGGCUCCAGAAAUUCCAUGGACAUCACCAGCAUAGAAGCUCUAGAGGAACUUGCUGAAUUGAACCCAAACCUCAUCCUUCCACAUCUUCUUCCUCUAAAUGAAAAAUUAUCGCCUCCACGCGGAACAACCCAUGAUAUAUUCAACAAAGAAGGAAUACAACUUAUGCACGUUCAAAUGCCUAACACUCUUCCUGCGAUAGAUAGGGAGCUAGAAAUUGGAGAAAGUGAAAACAAAACAGAUAAAAAGGUUUAUGAACCAUCUAAACUCGAAUUUUUACCUUCGGGGCAGCUCGGAAAGCUGAGAAUUCAUAAAAGUGGGAAGAUAAUGUUACACAUUGAUGGUCACGAAUUUAAUUUCCUAAGAGGAAAUGGUUCUACAUGUAAUCAACAAGUCGCCUGUCAUUUGGAGCAAAAUAACGAGUUUCUUUUCUUGGGGAAUUUACACAAUAGAUUCGUCGUCUCUCCAAACCUCUCAUGCCUCGGAGCGAAUCAACACACAUAG